ACUCUUCUGGGCUUCUCCCGUUCUCUCCAAAAGAGACAAAAGAGAAAGGUAUCUAUCCCCCUAUUAACCCAUCUUCUCUGUUCUAGGGUUUCUUUUCUUGCUCUGAACUAGUUCAUCAUUGUAUUUGAUUUUCUUUUUCUUUAAAUCUGCUUAAGCGGUGAGUUUUGAAUAUUUUAUGUUUUCUUUUCUUUCCCCAUCACCGAUUUGUCAUUUUAUUAUCGAUAAAAGAGGGCGGUUCUGUAGUUUGUGACACUUCUGGCUGCUAUUGCUUCUACUUUUGCUAUAUCUGUGUAUCAAAGUUGGGGGGGUUUGUUCGAUCUCGGUGAGUAUUUUGAUUUUGGAAUGUCAAAAGUGGUUUCUGGAGAAACCCCAUUUGAAUAUGGCUCGGAUUCGGCAUCAAAUCUUUCAAAACGAUGCGUUUUUGAGCUACCCUCCUCCUGUAAUGACUUCUUCUUCAACCCCUUUUGAUGGAAUUUACAAUAAGGAACCAAACCCACCCGCAGUGCCAUCUACAACCUCGUCUGGUACGAGGAUAAGUCCAGCAGUUCUGUUUAUCAUAGUUAUUUUGGCUGUUUUGUUUUUCAUCUCUGGUUUGCUCCAUCUUCUUGUUAGAUUCCUUAUAAAGCACCCAUCUACCGCACCCUCCUCUCAAUCCAACAGAAACCCACAACUUUCUCCUUCUGAUGCACUUCAGAGACAGCUUCAGCAGCUCUUCCAUCUCCAUGAUUCUGGUUUAGAUCAAGCUUUUAUAGAUGCACUUCCUGUUUUUCAGUAUAAAGAAAUUGUGGGUCUCAAGGAGCCAUUUGAUUGUGCUGUUUGUUUGUGUGAGUUUUCUGAGAAGGAUCAACUCAGAUUACUUCCUAUGUGCAGCCAUGCCUUCCAUGUCAAUUGUAUAGACACUUGGCUCUUGUCAAAUUCGACAUGUCCUCUUUGUCGUGGAACCCUCUUUAAUCCCGGUUAUUCGAUCGAAAAUCCGAUGUAUGAUUUCGACGAUCUAGGAGAAGAAGAUGAAUGUGGUGGUAAUGCAGGUUACAGGUUACCUAAUUGUCAGAAAACAAUGGAAAUUCAAGAGGUAGUGAAUGAAAAGGGGGUUUUCCCAGUUAGACUAGGAAAAUUCAGGAGGAUGAAUGCUGUAGAAGCUGUAGAGACAACCGAAGUUGGAGAGACCAGCAGUAGUAAUUUGGAUGCUAGGAGAUGUUACUCAAUGGGAUCGUAUCAAUACGUCGUUAUAGACGCCGACCUCAGAAUUGCGUUGUCUAAAGCUCGAGGAGAGGGCGAUAAUAAGCAGCCCUGCAAGGGGACGGAUUCAAACAGCAUCUCUCCAGUCCAAGCAGACUUGGAUGGAAAGAAGCUUAAUAGUGUAGCUAAAGGUGAGAGUUACUCUGUUUCGAAGAUUUGGCUUUGGUCUAAAAAGGGGAAGUACUCGAGCUCUACCGAACCGUCAUAGCCGAUAGGUAUGGAUUCUUCUCUAAAUACAGACUUGCCAUGGUUGAGACAAACACAAGAGGCAUCAUAAAAAUGGCCUAAAAACUGUUAUUUCCUCAUUUUUUGAGCUGAAAGUAAUCCUUACCAAUGUUUGUUGUAUCUAUUUAGAUUCUUAUCUCUGAAA